AUGACUUGCCCUGUUGAUGACAACCUCAGAGUGACUUGUCCUGUACAUGACAACCUCAGUGUGACUUGUCCUGUCCAUGACACCCUCAGCAUCACUUGUCCUGUUAAUGACACCCUUAGUGAGACUUGUGCUGUACAUGACAACCUCAGGGUGACUUGUCCUGUCCAUGACAUGCUCAGCGUGACUUGUCCUGUUCAUGACACCCUCAGUGAGACUGGUCCUGUCCAUGAAACUCUCAGCAUUACUUGUCCUCUUCAUGACACCCUCAGCAUGACUUUUCCUGUACCAGAAACUCUCACUGUGACAUGUCCUGUCAUGACACCCUCAGCAAGAUUUAGGCACCCUCAGCCUGAUGGAGAAACCCUCAGUGAGACUUGUCCUGUCCGUGACAUACUUAGCGUGACUUGUCCUGUCCAUUAUAUCCUCAAUGUAAUGGACACACCCUCAGUGAGACUUGUCCUGUCCAUGACAUCCUCAGGGUGA